GGCUCUUGACAGCUCCAAGAUGGGGGACUUGUGGGGGACUUCAAGUUCUGUCAAGAAGGUGGCGCUUACAAACCCACCAUUCACUUCCUAUAAGCUCUAGCGCUGGUCUAGCAGAGACUCCUGGUCAGGUGUGCUCAGCGCUGCGCAAACGUUUUCACAGUCUUGGACGAAGGUUGCUUUUUCCCCCUACUCAAUUGCAGGCUGCAUUGCACCUGGCGCGACUUCGCUCUCGCAAUCUCGGCUUCAGGCCUUCUUGAUCACUCCCCCGCAAACAGAAGAUAAGAACUUUCAACCAUGGACUGGCUUCGAAACCUGGGGAUCAAGCCCACUCUCGGCAGCCCACACACCCCCCUUCUCGGGUUCGAAACGACCGGGGGCACCGUUGACGAUCCCGAGUACACCAAAGCUGCUGUGAGCACGCCGGCCGGGCAUCACAUCAGCUGCGAGACGCUGUGGCUGCAGAGCGCGCCCUCUGCGGAGCCCGAUUACGUCUCUACGUCCGUUUCCCGCGCGGCCCUCAAAGCCAUCUCUGCUUAUGGCCGUAGCCCGGAAGAUGCCACGCGAGUGGCUCGGGAGGCGCUCGCGAUCGAUCCCCGCUGCCCCGAAGCGUACAACGUGCUUGCCACCAACGCGGCCAAGAGUCUUCAAGAGGCGCUAGAUUUUUACAAUGAGGGUAUCGCGCAAGCCCCCCUAAUCCUCUCCGAAUCGGACUUCGAACGCGCGUCUACCGAGGGCCAAGCCUUCAUGGUACCGCCAAUGCGCGCGCUCUUUCGGUGCGUCAACGGCGCCGCGAUCGUGCUUUUCAAGAUGGGCCGCGAUGAGGAGAGCUACAACAUGUUCCAACGGCUGCGGAAGUUAGACGAUCACGGGUAUCGCUACAGCUCGUAUACCAACUUCAGGUACCACCUGCCCAUCCUGCUGCUGCGGUUCAAGGGCGUCGCGUUUGCGGAGAAGUACAUGCACCGGCGCGAGUGCUCGGAGAAUUACACGCUGACGUCAACCCAGUGCUCCUGGGUGUACACGCAGGCUCUGAUGGAUUUCAAGAAAGUCGGCCGCCCCUUCUUCCCGUGGCAUUACUUCACCAUGGUGCGCGCCGUGGAGAAGACCGCCGGAGGGCGCCAGAACGAAUGGACCGAUGCGGCGCAGGAGGAGAUCUGCCGAGCGGGGGGCGCGAUCCUGAUGGCCCUCCAGCAGGCGCCGCUCGUAAUGGAGUUUUUGGCGGGCGAACGGCAGCUUCCCAAAGGCCACCUGCCCAUCACUUUCACGGGCGUCGACGACAUGGUCCAGGCGGUCGCUUACAUCCACGCCGUUGGAGACUUGUGGAAGAAAACGCCGGGGGCCAUCGAAUGGGCGCUUAAGUGCCGCAACGUGUGGCAGAGUGUGCUGAUGCUGCGGGAGGUGAAAGGGUACGGCCCCUACAAUCUGGAGAAGCUGAAGGCGCUCUUCGCAAAAGGGGGGUUCAAACUGCCCGGGCUCAAGCCCCAGGACGCAUACGAGCGAGACCUCAUUGUGUUCGACGCGCUCGCAUGCAAAGGGGCGACCGGCGAGGUGAUUGACUUUCUGAUCCAGGAGGGCGGCUGCGACGUAAACGCGGCGGAUGCCACGAGCUUCCGGCCGAUCAACAAGGCGCUGUACUACGAUCGGCACCCCAGUAUCGUCCAGGCGCUGAUUCGAAACGGGGCGCAGGUGCCGCGCCCCACGCAGCAGGAGUUCUCCCCCCUCGCCAUGGCCAUGAACCAGGGCAACCACGUGGCCCUCCGCGCCGCGCUCGAAAUCCUCCCCGCAAUCGCCUCCGACACCGCGGAGCUCCGCUCUCUGUACAUGGAACUCUUCCAGACCAACUGUUUUCUGUGCAUCAAGGGAAUGGUUCCCGAAAAGUGUCAGCGCUGUCGCUUCGAGCCCGAGAGCCCGCACUCCAAGGAGAUUUCGUUUGAGAAGUGCGUCGACGUGCUCGCGGAAUUCGGGUUACGGUUGGAUACCGGGUUAGAGCGCGCGGCGCAGCAGGAGAUUUUCCACCCGUUGCAGGUCGGGUUAGUGGACCGAUUACGGAUGCAGGGCAAGUUGAUCGCGCGCCGGAAAAAGCUCGCGGGAGAGGCUGUUCGGGGUGUAAAGAAUCUGCGGAUUGGUUCUUCUGGGGUUUCCGGCGAAGCCGCUCGGGUGUCUGGACACAGUUCGGGGGGGUCCGGGGGAGCGGAGAACGGUGCCCCCGGGAAGGGCAAAAAGAAGAAAAAGAAGGCGGUCGCGGGGGCGCCAUCAUGCGGAGUUUGCGGGAAGUCGGACGUGAAGAUUCUGCGGUGUUCAAAGUGCAACGUGGCGGGAUACUGUUCGGCAGAGUGUCAAAAAACGGACUGGCCGCGUCACAAAGUCGAGUGCAAGGCUUUGGCAGCGCAGUAGAACGGCAACUAGAUCGAGCUGCGGCUUGAUUGGUCGGUCCGGUUGUUGCUUGGCUUGGGCUGGCAGCGUUGCCAACAAGCAGCAGAACUGAAGGCUGGAAUUGACCGACGAAGUUGCGAGAAGUAUCAUUGAUUAGUGCUUCCAGGUAAAAGUUAAGUCUGUUGCAAGAAGGGAAACGUAUUGCAGGCCCCUCCAGAUGAGCAAGGCCGUUGAUGAAAAUGUGGCGGUGAGUCAAGACAGCUAGCGGUGUUGCUGGAGUAGCGCCACGUUAGACGAACCGAGAUGUGCAUAUAGGUUCGGUACAUAUUACUGCCAUUGUUAAAAUGUCUUAGAGUUAUAUUGAGCUGUUCGAGAUUGUCCCGACUUCGGCUCUCGUCAUGAUUAAUCAGUUGAUACUGCAUCGAUGUGUCAACUUACGAGUGGAU